AUGGGUAUUCUUGGCCUCGACGUUAACGCGGUUAUCACAAAAAUUAAAAACAUAAGAUCAACUUAUUCACAAGAGGGAAAGAAAAUUAACAAUUCAAUGAAAUCUGGAGCUGGAGCAGAUUCCAUAUACAAGCCGAGUGUAAAAUGGUUCGAUAUACUACACGAUGUGUUACGAAGCGGAAACCUAGAAAAUAGAAAGACGCAGAGUAAUAUGAAUACCAUUGAGGAUAAAGAAGACAUGGAGGAGAAUCAAGGUGCUCGAAAUUCUAAGCUUGUUAGUAUUGAUGAUAGGCCAGUUUCUGAUCUAACCCACCCUUCAAGAAAAAGAAAUAUGAGAGGUCUGAAUUCACUUCUAGACAAAGCAAGAGUAGUGGUAAGCGAGCUCAACACAGAAUCAAUGAUCGAAAAAGAAGGCACAAACGAAUUCGAAUUGUUUGGCAAAAGUGUUGGCGUCCAACUAAAUUCCAUGAGUUUAGAAAAUGCUUUGCGGGCGCAAAGCGUGAUACAAACCUAUCUUACAAAAGUGCGAUUGCAGGAAUUAAAAACCUGCAAUCGCACUUUUGUUCUUCCUACACCAUCUCCGAGUUAUGUGCCUACACCAUCUCCGAGUUAUGUGCGUACACCAUCUCCGAGUUAUCUGUCUACACCAUCUCCGAGUUAUGUGCCUACACAAACCACUUAUGAGCAUACGUCUACUCAAGAAGCUCCUACAGAUAGUGGACAAUCAUCUAUGUCUGAAAUACCUCACUCUGUGUUUAUUGUGACAUAUACUCCUAAUAUUUCAUCUGAUACAGCACAUUUCAGCCACGACGCUGCAAUAAAUCUUGAUAGGGGUGAUUUGCUUGAUCUAAGUGACCAACAAACUGCAGCUCAACAAAAUAAUGAUAUCUUAUCACAGGCUAUGGCAAAUAUUCCUAUGUAG